GAGAAGUCCAGCCGCCAAGUCCAGCCUUUCUCCGGCGCGCAGCCCCGACGGGGCCGCGGCAGGCGCGGUGAAAGCGCCGACGGAGCCAUGAGAGAGUACAAAGUGGUGGUGCUGGGCUCGGGCGGCGUGGGCAAGUCCGCGCUCACCGUGCAGUUCGUGACGGGCUCCUUCAUCGAGAAGUACGACCCCACCAUCGAGGACUUCUACCGCAAGGAGAUCGAGGUGGACUCGUCGCCGUCGGUGCUGGAGAUCCUGGACACGGCGGGCACGGAGCAGUUCGCGUCCAUGCGGGACCUGUACAUCAAGAACGGCCAGGGCUUCAUCCUCGUCUACAGCCUCGUCAACCAGCAGAGCUUCCAGGACAUCAAGCCCAUGCGGGACCAGAUCAUCCGCGUGAAGCGGUACGAGCGCGUGCCCAUGAUCCUGGUGGGUAACAAGGUGGACCUGGAGGGCGAGCGCGAGGUCUCGUACGGCGAGGGCAAGGCCCUGGCGGAGGAGUGGAGCUGCCCCUUCAUGGAGACAUCGGCCAAAAACAAAGCCUCGGUGGACGAGCUGUUCGCCGAGAUCGUGCGGCAGAUGAACUACGCGGCGCAGCCCAACGGCGAUGAGGGCUGCUGCUCGGCCUGCGUGAUCCUCUGAGGCGCCGGGGGCCGCCGCGCGCCGGCCGCGCUCUGCGCACAAAAGCCAAACGCACCCGACUCUCUAAAUGUGAUUUCCCUUUUUGCUUUGAGAUUGGAGACGGCUUUGCAUUGGCCGGGGUGUCCCGGGAGCCCGGCUGGCCUCUGCGGCCGGCGUCCCCAGCCUCCUCCCCUAGUCCGCAGGGGUAUCCCGUCCUGACCAUCCGAGACUCGGUGGAAAUGUGGCUCUUUGCAGCAUGUACGUUUCUCAUUGAUUUUGGUUGACGCAUAUUUCCCCCUGAGUAGCUGAAAAUUAUGAUCAGGUUCCUUUUCUGCCAGCUUGGAAGGGCAACCCCGUGACUGAUUGCGAUUUGAGGAUGUCUAUGCAAAGUUGGAUUCUUGUUACAGUGUAUCCAAUCUGAACUAUUGCACAUCAGAACUGACUCUUAACACUGAUGCCAAUACAGUGUGGGGUGCCAGAAAGUGUCUGCUGAUAUUUGUGGGAAGAAAAAAAAAUCUAUUUUGUUUACCUACUGUAUCAAAGGGGAGUCUGGGGGAGAACGGUAGUAUUUUUUUUUAUCAGCUGUGAAAAAAAAAUGUUACAGAUCUGCACAUCUUUGUGUGUACUGUUGUGUGUGUGUUUUUUUUUAAGUUUAGCUUUUUGUUCUUAUUGGUUGACAGUAACAGAUUUUGAUGACUAGCUCUUUAAAAUACCGUACAAAGACUUCACAAAUGUGAUUCAGGGCCCCCAGCACCCCUGUGUCUGCAGAGUGCCUUCAAAACUCAGCUGUUCCAGCCGGUGCCAACCUGUGAACUUCCCACCCUGUCCCAGAAUUUGCCAUUCCCCAAACCACUUCCCAGUUUCCUUUCAGUAAUCUUCCUGAAGGAGCCAGGACAAUAGGUCCUGUUGUUCUGUGAAUUUCUUCUUUAUUCUUUCCAGCCUUUAACAUGUAAUUUCCAUGUCUUGCAAUGGUUGCUAUUUUUUUCUUUCUUUUUUUUUUUUUUUUGCUUCAUUUUGUUCAAAUGUUCAGGUAUUUAGCUCCCCUUUUAUAUUAUUAUUAAAUUUGUUUUGGUUAUCUGUUAAUAGGGUGUUCCUCCAGAAGCAAAGAGCAAAAUUUUACUGUUGUGAUGUACCAAGAGAAUUCUAACCAAUUGUAAUUUUUAAUUCCAGACACACGUUUAAUCAUUGUCUCAUCAUUUUAAGACUUUUAAUACAGAUGUCAUUUUUAAAGAAACCCGAAA